GGCAGUUAAACAAUAUUUUCUUCGUCUGUUUUGUCUUAUUUUUUCAAAAAAUAUUUCCAAAAAUGAAAGGAAGAAAACUUCAAAUAUGCGUACAUCAAACAGACAGGAAUCAACAACAACCGUAAGCGUGCUUUAUAAGUUGAAUUGUUUAUUGAUUUGGGACCGUUCUUAACUAUUGAAGAGCGUAUUCUAAAAAUGCGACAGGACUUAAAGCUUUGCAGGCUUUGUGCGAAGUCUAGCAAAAAUAUGCCCACAAUUUCGCUCUUUGAGCGAAGCCGAAAAUUGGUGCUUCGGAGGAUUUUCCAACUUACUAGUAUCAAGUUAAAAAAAGUCAGCAAUAUUCCAGCGGUAAUGUGUUCUGAUUGUGAGACGGAAUUGAAUCGAGCCUAUGAAUUUCGUGAGCGCUGCAUCAAUGCACAUGCAUAUUUUUCCAGUGCAGAAUAUAAGACACACAUUGGUCAGACUCAUGAUAGAAAAGAUAGGUGCAGUAAAAAUAAAACGACAGAGGCAGAUCCUACUUUAGUAAAAGUAGAGCUGAUGCCAUACGCGCAAGAUGCCAUAUGUGAAAGAGGAGAUUUGGAAAUGGGUCCAGAAAAGAAGCCCAAAGAUGAACUUGAAACUGCAGACGCUGAAAGGGAAUUUAUAGCUCUCAAUGAAGAUGUAAUUAUGCAUGACAUAUAUGACGAUGCAGAAGUGAAUCUUGUAGAUCAGUCAAUGGAAUAUACAGCACACAAAUUAUUGCAAUGUGAUAAAAUGAAAGGAAAAAUUGAAAUAGAAUCGAAAGAUCCUAUAGAUGAAAAGAACAGAGCAGCAAUAGUUAAGCCAAAAAAAGUAGGUAAAGCGUUUAUAUAUGAGCCUGGAGGAGAUGAUACAACGGCAAUCCAUCUGAAGAUUGAAUCUAAGGGCGAACGGAAGAACAAAGCAAAGACGUACAUAUGUGAUCAAUGCGGUAAUCAUUUUAAGUAUCGUAGCCAUUUCUACUCGCAUAUUACACGGCAUACAGGCGUAAAACCUUUACAAUGCGAGGUUUGUCCAAAUAAAUUUUUUACUGAAGGCGAACUAAAGCGACACAUGCGUCGGCAUACCGGUGAACGUCCAUUUCCUUGUCAACACUGCGAGCGACGUUUCACCGAUUAUAGCACACGAAUCAAGCAUGAACGCACUCAUACCAACGAACGUCCAUUUGUGUGUCCACAAUGUGGUAAAGCUUUCACAACAUCGUAUGUGUUAAAAAAUCACAUGCUUGUACAUACUGGCGAACGCUCCUUCAAGUGUACUCUUUGCAAUAAAUCUUUUCAACGUCAAACUCAUCUCAUCGUGCAUACUCGUUCCUUGUCACACAAACAAAAUUUUGAACGUGAACAAUACAAGUUGACCCAGAAGGCAAGUGAAGAAAUGAGAUCGCUUUCCUCACAGUUAUCAACCAUGAAUACUUGAAAACUAAGUAAAAGUGUAUUGCCUCAUGAACUGUUUAGAUUACAGCUUUCGAUUUUCAAAUUUUUGUUGUUAGUUUAGAAGUUUUCACAAUUCUAUACUAAUUCUGAAGGAUUAUUAUUUUUGAAGUAUAUAUUUCUUAAGUUACUAAAUGUUUAUUUGAAUAUUACACAGCAAAAUGUAUACGAAUUCAGCUUAUUAUUUAUAUUAAAAAUGCAUUGAAAUUAAAAAGUAGGUUUAACCCGGGUUCCAUUUCUCUGCAGUAGAAGCAAAAACUCGAUCAAUCUUUUAAGUGAAGCGGGACCAUAAAAAAAUCUAACGAUUGCGUGCAUACCUCAAUCAGCUUACCUAAAUCGUAAGGAGGAUUUGGUUAAGUACUGCCAUAGUUGUAUUAAAAACGUUAAGCUAUAUUUUUAGUUUAUUAUUUUUUAAACAAUUUUUUGGUAACGGGAAAUGUCACUCCACUAAUUCAUGAAUGCUUGGAUAUGUAUGUACAUUAAUUUUUAUUAUUAAAAGCGUUUUAUUUAUGAUC